AAAGAGAGAAGGGAUCUUUGGCAUCUGCUCUGUGGAAAGCCAUACAAGGCAUCUACCACGAAGCCUCAGACGUUUUCAGCAAACACGGACAAGGAAGACCUGUUAGGACUCUUAAAAUGGCGACCACGCCCAGGUCCGCGCAGGACAACCCGUCACGCGUACAUGAUCAUGAAGGGUUCAGAAAUGAUGACAGCACGCUGUCUCCGGGACAGCCCGGGAUGGAUCAUGCAAGCUCCACCGCCGAUUCGGUUCAAGAGAGGCCGCCAUCUUCGGAGGAUCCUGCAAACACCGGUUUAGCACGAGUUCGAAAGCGUGGGUCUUUCCUGGAACGUUGUCGUCGGAAAGCUUGGCUCCUACCAAUCAUUCACACUCACUUCUGGUAUGCAGCUUGCUUCUCCCUGCUGGGCCCAUAUUUCUCAAUGCUGGCAGUAUCUAGAGGUCUUCCAGCCUGGAAUUAUGGGUUCGUUUUCUUGAGCUUCAAGAUCGCCAUGCUCAUAGGCUCAGUCUUCGCCGAAAGACUGAUGACGUAUCUUAAACCUUCCACGGUGUACCUCACCGCUCAGGGAGGAUAUUUUUUCUGUUCGCUAGCGUUUGGGAUACUGUACUGGUCACCGGGAGGCGAUGUGCUCUUGGGUCUUGCUAUAACAUUUGCCAUUUUCGGAGGCUUCUUUGCUGUCACAUACUCAGUCUCUGUGUAUUCCAUCGUCAUCGAGAGGUUCACCGGCAAUUCUGGGAUUAUCAUUGCAACAUUCGUGUGUCUCUGGGGAAUUGGCAGCAUGACAGGUCCUAUUCUAGGCGGUGUGCUCAUUCGUCUGUGGGACCACCCCGUGCCGUUCUUCGUCAUCGGAGCCAUCAUGAUGCUAUCCUUCCCAGUCAUAGCAAAGCGAGGACCGAUACCGAAAGGACACAGACGUGUGAUAACAGACAACAACUCUUCAGAGCAAGUGGAGUACUGUAAAGCUAUCUGCGAUCCUGUCUUCCUAACCGCCAUGGUAACCGUGAUGCUCAGCGGGGUCAUAUUUGGCUUCAACGAACUCACCUUAGCGGCUUACCUUCAUCAGGUUAAUCUUACCACUACAGAGAUUGGUUCUGUGUUCUUGGCGCAAUGCGUCAGCUAUUGCCUCGGUGCAGUGCCUGUGGGCAUAAUUUGCGACCGAGAUUUUGAUGAACUCUUCAUGUUCAUCGGUCAGUCCCUAACCGCAAUCGCCUACCUCAUCCUGGGGCCUGCACCUUUUCUGCCCGUGGCUCCGUCCCUAUGGAUGAUCUAUCCAUCUCAAGUGCUUACCGGUUUCGGCUUGGUCUGCCAAUUCGUCAGUUCUUACAGCCUCGCCCACAAGAGACUACUUAAGAAAGGCUACCCGGACACAGUUCGAACCAGCGGCUUCGUGUCUACCUGUUUCUACACCUUUCUAGUAUUCGGCUCAACCGCUGCAUCUCGCAUCGCCGGAUUCGUGGUCGAAAGAUUAGGCUACAGGACGGCGUCCCUGCAUCUCUUUUCCACUCUGACUCUGUGGGCAGGAGUAACAUUCGUGGUAUGGUUAAAUACCGUGUACUGCAACGGGAGCUCUACAUCAGGAUCUGAUAUCUCUCCGAAGCCGACCACUACCAGGCGUGGAGAUGAUACGUGAUAGACUAUGGCGCGCUACAUCGUAGAUAUAUACAGGGUGUUUCACGAAAAAUGAGUCAAAGUUGAAAAAAAAAAAGGUUCAUCGCAUACAAAAAAGACUGACUGC